CCAAAUUUUGGGAUGCCACCGCCGUUAAACAGUCUUGCGAAUGCAGAUAGGACCGACGAUUUCGAUCUUUGGUGGACCAUCGUUAUGACCUUAAGUACAAGAGCCAUCCCCCCAUCUCCUAUAGAUUGACGAAGUCUCAACUUAUUCUCCAUCGUACAAGAUGAAGUUCGACCAACCGGUGUGGGCGGCGCUGCUGAGCGUGUCCCUAGCGUCCGCUUCGCCCGCAGAACUACAGCCUUCAUCAUGCUCCACGAACACAACACCAAACGACUUCAACUCCGCAUGCGAUUCCAUUGCAUCGAGACUCGAGAUUGAGAAUGGAGUUGUUUACUUCUCUGAAUUUGUCGCUGCCGGCACGAACCUGAGUCUUCCAGACAACAACGCAACAUGUGCGCAAGCAUUCCAGCUUGUCACAGCAGACAUCUGCCGAAUUGCACUUUACGUCUCGACUUCUGAUCACUCUGGGUUCAACAUGGAAGCGUGGCUUCCUUCGAACUGGACUGGACGGUAUUUGAGCGCAGGCAACGGUGGACUGAACGGUUGCAUCAAGUACCAGGACCUGGCAUAUACUUCUGGCGCAGGAUUUGCUGUUGCUGGAACCAACAAUGGUCACAACGGAACAAGCGGACAGCCGUUCUACAAGAAUGCAGACAUUGUCGAAGAUUUCGCUUAUCGCGCGCUAUACACCGGCACAGUGGUUGGCAAGCAAAUCACCAAAGACUUCUACGGCAAGGCUCACGACAAGUCGUACUACUUUGGCUGCUCGACUGGCGGCCGACAAGGUUUCAAAGCGGCCCAGGACUUCUCUGAAGAAUUUGACGGCAUUGUUGCAGGUGCCCCUGCCUUUGCAUUCAACAACUUGACCUCCUGGAGCGGCGCGUUCUUCCGCGCUACCGGAACUAACACCUCGGAUACUUUCGUCACUCGUGCUCAGUGGGAGAUUGUUCAUGCCGAUGUACUGAAGCAGUGCGACAAGCUCGACGGCUACGCUGACGGUAUCCUUGAGUACCCUCCACUUUGCAACUACGAUCCCUCUGGGCUGCUCUGCACUGGAAGCAGCAACGCCACCACUUGCUUGACUGCUAAGCAAGUCCAGACCGUUAAGACCGCGCUUUCACCCGCCUACAACGAUAAUGGAGACCUUGUUUACCCGCGUCUGCAGCCUGGUGCGGAGAUUGCUGCUUCUGGUGUUCUCUUGGGCGGAACACCCUUCCCUUACACCACGGACUGGUUUAGGUAUGCUGUCUACAAUGACACUACAUGGAGCCCUACAACUUUGAACGGAACCGACUACGACAACGCCGCGCGCAUUGAUCCGGGUGGUAUUCAAACCUGGAAGGGUGAUCUGAGCGAAGCUAAGAAGAACACAAAGAUCCUGCACUGGCACGGUGCGAUGGACCCUGUCAUCUCGAGCGCCAACUCACCCAGGUAUUACGACUAUGUUAGCAAAACGAUGGGCCUGUCAUCCGAGGAGCUCGACGCAUUCUACCGCUUCUUCACGGUUAGCGGCACCGGUCACUGCGGUGGAGGAGACGGUGCACAUGUCAUUGGACAGGCUAUCGACGAGGUCACUACCUACGACCCUAAGAAGAAUGUCUUGAUGGCCAUUGUCGACUGGGUCGAGAACGACAACGCCCCUGAGACUCUCAUUGGCACCAAGUAUGUCAACGACACACAGAGUCUUGGUGUCAAGUUCCAGCGUGCGCACUGCAAGUACCCCAAGCGCAACCAGUAUAAGGGUGAGGGUGAUCCGAAUGUGAUUGAAAGCUGGGAGUGCAUUGAUGCAUAA